AUGCUGGAGACUCUGCGCGAGCGUCUGCUGAGCGUGCAGCAGGAUUUCACCUCCGGGUAUGAAGAUACAUGGGCUGCACUUCACAGAAGAGCCAAGGAAUGUGCAAAUGCUGCAGAGCUGGUGGAUAGUGAGGUGGUUAUGCUGUCAGCACACUGGGAGAAAAAAAAGACAAGCCUAAUAGAGUUACAGGAACAGCUCCAGCAACUGCCAGCUUUAAUAGCAGAUAUAGAAUCCAUGACAGCGAAUCUGACUCAUUUAGAGGCAAGUUUUGAGGAGGUAGAAAGCCACCUGUUGCAUCUGGAAGAUUUGUGUGGGCAAUGUGAACUAGAAAGACACAAACAGAUGCAGGGCCAGCACCUGGAAAAUUAUAAGAAAAAUAAGAGGAAGGAACUUGAAACCUUCAAAGCUGAACUAGAUGCUGAGCACGCCCAGAAGGUCCUGGAAAUGGAGCACACUCAGCAAAUGAAACUGAAGGAGCGGCAGAAAUUUUUUGAAGAGGCCUUCCAGCAGGAUAUGGAGCAAUACCUUUCCACAGGCUACCUGCAGAUAGCGGAAAGAAGAGAGCCCAUAGGCAGCAUGUCAUCCAUGGAAGUGAAUGUGGACAUGUUGGAGCAGAUGGACCUGAUGGACAUAUCUGACCAGGAGGCCCUUGAUGUCUUUCUGAACUCGGGCGAAGAUGACACUGUGCUGUCCCCCGUGUUAGGGCCUGAAUCCAGUACACGUCCAAUACAUGAAAUUACUCUUCAGGUUCCAAAUCCCUCAGAAUUACGAGCCAAGCUGCCUUCAUUCUCUCUCUGCACUGACUCGGCCACACAGGACCCCAGUGAAGGUGGGCGGUCACCCCUGGUGCAGUCUGAUGAGGAGGAAGUCCAAGUGGACACUGCCCUGGCCACUUUGAACACUGAUGGGAAGGCCACCUCAGAUGGUACUGAUGACAGCGACUCCUAA